UCCUUUCCCCCCCUCACUGUUAGUCUCAGUUUUGAAGCAAGUAGAGGCAGUAUGGCGGUCCGGGCUGUUUCUCUAUUAACCGCAGCAGCUCUGGCUUUACGCUACCAGCAGUUUCCUUUUCUUCCAUUCUACUACAAAGCUUUGUAUUAGCAACUUUAACUUGGAAAGAAGGGGGUGCCCUUUUGGUUUUUUUAAACCCACCCCUCGAAUUACUUUCCCGUUUAAAAGAAAAAAAGAAAGAAGGAAAAGUGAAAUCAACAACUAAUUAUUAUAACAACAAUCACAUCAAUAACUUGGUGACAAGCAACCAACAACAACAACGAAGCUAAUACAAACUAAAGUACCUCGAGUUCGAAUUGAAUCUGGACUGAAAAAUAAAAAUAGCUGUUCGAGGUAUUUUGUUGAAAGCUGAAAUGAAAGCGAGAGAGAGGAAGAAAUACGAGCACAUGCAGGAAAGCGAGAUAUGUGUACGGACGAUUAAUUAAAAUUAGUUUGGAUAACAAGAAAUCUGUGGAGAAAUAUAUAUGAGUGACCAGGAAAUGGGUUCAUAAUAUACCAACUGCACCUUGCAGGACAUACUUGUGUUGAUGUUUUAUUUUAAUAUACAUAUACACCCUGUACAUCUACACACACCGUAAUCUGCACACGGAUUAUAUUCGUAUAUAUAUGUUUAUAUAUACACACACGAUAUAUUGAGUGCCGGCCUACUGAUAAGACAUAUGUGUAUAUACAUACAUGUUUACGCACAAUCUGCUGGGAAGAAAUAAAUAUUUGAGUUUUCUAACACAAACACCGACUUUAAAGAAUUAAUAGGAACCAACGUACUGACACAUUUUUUCACAUGCAAAACAUUAAAACCACCUUUAUAUAUACAUAAACAGAUAAUUUGUAGAAUAUAUUACUUAUUUAUAUAUGCAUCUAUCAACAACACUUAUUCUAGUAUUAUACUAAUAGUGAUAGACUCGCCGGUUUUUCUGUCAUAUGCUAACCACUAUCGAAUGUUACUUCUCCCCUUUAGAAAUUACUAUAGCAAGUAUAAAUAGUGUAGUUAGUAGGUAUUAAGUUUUGAUGGCCUACCCACGGUUUACCUUUCCGGAUUUUACCUGCUCAAGGAUAUUUACCUUCUAUUCGUGGACGACGUCUAUAUAAAGAAAAAAAAUCUUAAGCAACGGACACCUGCAGUAGAGAGAACGAAGUUUGUGUGAGUGUAUAUAUAUAUAUAUAUAUAUAUAUAUAUAUAUAUAUACUGAUAUAUUUAUAUUUGAAUAAAGAUGUUAUCUUUUUGACUGACAAAAGGGGGGAAGAUUUGAAAUGAUAUGAAGGGAAAACAUGACUGUAGGGUUAGACUCCUAAGAUUGAUAAAUUUCCGGAUUAUUUAGUUUUCUGUUCAUAUUAAUUUAUUUUUCACCGAAAAAAGAAUAUCACGACAGUAAAAGUCAUUGAAUAUUAAACCAAAGAAAUAACAUAUUUGUUUUAUACAUUCAUUGUUUUUCUCUAAUCAGAUUUUGGUAUUGUAAUAUUUUUUUUUUCUUUUCCAAAACAUUUACCCACACAUGUACAUACAUAAAUUGUUUGUAGACGCCUCCUGAAACCUGGUUCCUUGUCUACAACACUAGGACAAUUUUUACACCCUCCAAUUAUUUAUAAUUAUAUACAUACACACAUACAUAUUACACUGACUGUGAAUGUAAUAGUUCAGUGUACAUACAUCAAUAGACCGACACCUUGGUGAGGGCCCAUCUAUCUGGGCCGGGGCAAUGGCGAAAAUCGGAUUGAAACUUCUACCAGAAAGCAGACGGACAGUCAGUGGGUCCUUUUUUUCGGUGACCUUAACUUUUAUUUGGACAAUCGGAUUCCUUACUUUAACCGUUAAAGGGUCUUCUGUUCACUUCAGAAAGUUCCAUUUCACUGUUGAGCCAAGUGAUGUGGUCACCAAUCGAGGUGAAGAUGUACAGUUACACUGUAAUGCCCAGCACGGAUAUAAUAAAACAAAUAUCUUUUGGAAAAAAGACAACGAACUCUUAAAUACGAGACAGCAACUGAAAAAUGGCUCCUUGUAUAUACAAAACGUCCAACACAGCAAGUCCAAUGUUGGUGAUGUUGGUGAAUACCAAUGUUUUGCUGAAGUGCCUAGCAUUGGAACGAUUAUCAGCAAACCGGCUCAUGUACAAAUUGCGCAUAUGGCCAAGAUGUUCUCAAUCACACCCGAGACGCUCGAGGUUUACCUGGGUGACAUAGCCAUGUUCCAAUGCUCCAUUGACGGUAUUCCUCAACCAAAAUACUCCUGGUACAAGAACAAUGUCCUAUUGAAACGGUCCAAUCACAUAAAAAUGUAUACAGAUGGAUUUCUAGAAAUUACAAAUGUGCGAGCAAUAGAUCUUGGAAAAUAUUAUUGUGAGGCCAGAAACAUGAAUACAAGUCGUCGUAGUAGACCAGCUGUUUUGCAAGAAAACACGGAUUUAGAAAGCAUCCGUAAAGGCGUGGCACCUUCGUUUGUAAUGAAGCCACAAGAUGCUGAAGUGAUCCGAGGUUCAUUAUUGGUGUUACACUGUGGAGCAAAUGGUAUUGAUAGAAAUGAUGGAAGUCCAAAGAUCACAUGGCUUAAAGGAGGUGUUGAAUUAGACAAUUCCAACAAAACAUACAAAAUUGUCGGUACAGGCAGCUUAGUAAUUCCCAACGUUCAAGAGAACAACAAUGGCAUUUACACUUGCCGUGCAAGCAAUAUGGAGGACUCUAUAGAUGCCCCAGCUUCAGUAAAUGUCCUCAGUCCCCCCAAAUUCAAGACAAAACCAAUGAAUGCUGUAGCCCAAGUGAACUCAGAACAAAUGUUUGAAUGUGAUAUAUACGGUGUGCCGCCACCAAAAAUCUAUUGGAUGAAGGAUGGUAAAAUGAUUGAGACUGAUGACUACUUCAAAAUAGUUGAUCACAAGAACCUGCGUAUACUGGGUCUGCUGAAGGAGGAUGAAGGAAUGUACCAAUGUUUUGGCAAGAACUAUCUCGGUAGUAUUCAGGCCAGUGCUCAGCUGGUAGUGAGGCCACAUACAGACGAUUCCCAUCCCUUGACCCCAACACUGACCCACUCACCAACCAUCCCUCUAGGCCUGCAGAACUUGAACACCGAUAGCUUGCCGUCUGUGCCAGUCGACCUACACGAGGUGAUCCGGGCCCCGAGCUUUGUCACGCUGUCAUGGAAACCACCCACCCACACAGGACCGAAGGAUGCCAAAAUCAUCAGUUACUCUGUCUUCUGGAAAGAAAAAGAACGCGAAAGUCAUAAAACGCGAAGGCGGAAAGGAGAAAUAAGGGAACGAGUUAUGAAUACAACCAGUUUGGAAGCAACGAUCCAACACCUAAAGCCGAAUACAGUUUAUGAGUUCCGAGUUCAAGCAUACAACUCUCAUGGCCCUGGAAAGGCCGUUGUUAUUGAAGUUGAAUCUGAAGAAGAAGUGCGUGUGCCAAGUCCUCCACGAAAUGCCAUUGCUGAAGCAGUGUCCCCUACAUCGAUAAGGGUGAAAUACGAACCACCAGAAGAGCCUAACGGAAAGAUUAAGUCCUAUAAAAUCAUCUACUACGAAGUCGGAGCCAACAAAGAAGCCGCGAUAGAAGUACGAGGCCUGGAGUACGUGUUGACAAACUUGAAACAGUUUCGUGACUACAGCUUCAGGGUAGAAGCUCACAAUGAGAAUGGUGCAGGGAUGAGUACAGAGGAAUUUGUUGCCAAAACCAAAGCAGAUAUUCCUUCUGAUUCUCCGACAAACUUCACUCUGGAAGCAACAAGCUCAACGAGCAUCAUAGUCCGUUGGGAACCCCCGCCGAAAGAUCACCAGAAUGGUCCAAUAGUCGGUUACAAGAUACGCUUUAAAAAGAAAGGCAGCCGCCGCGGUAAAACUGUCACCACAGCAAGUAAUGUGAAGUUCCAACCACUGACUGAUCUGGAAAAAGGCGCCGAAUAUUCAGUUCGUAUAGCUGCACUCUCAACCCUUGGCAUCGGUCCAUUCACAGACUGGCUUUUCACAAAAACGUAUGAUGAUGAUCUUGAUGAAUCUCAUGUUCCUGGAAAACCUUCUAAAGUUCGAACCGCUGCUGAAGCCAACUCAAUCUUGGUGCGAUGGGCUCCACCUGUUGACAGCAGCAAGACAUUAGUAAGGGGUUACACUGUUACCUACGGCAAGGGUAUACCAGACGUUAUGCGAGUCAAACUUGGCCCUCAACAACGUGUUUAUAAAAUCAAAAACCUUCAACCAGCUUCUUCGUAUGUUAUUAAAGUCAUGGCCACCAACAAGAUCGGUGACGGUCCACCAAUAUAUGCCCAUGUGAAGACAGAUAAAGAGUCAGAGAUUGAUCUCGCUACUCCAAUGAUACCUCCAGUCGGAUUGAAGACAAUUGUUCUAUCAUCUCAAACUAUUGUACUCACGUGGACUGACUCGACCUUGAGUCGUGCUCAGCGCAUCACGGAUAACCGUUACUACACGGUACGCUACUCACCUGUCUAUAACAAGAAGAAGUAUCGCUACAUCAAUUCAACAGACCUCAAUGCACACAUAGACCACCUGAAACCAAAUACUCAGUACGAGUUCUCAGUGAAAGUUACCAAAAACCUUCGUAAAAGUACUUGGAGCAUGAGUGUCGUCAACACAACUCAAGAAUCAGCUCCUGGAGGUAUACCCCGAGAUUUAACCCCAGCUCCAGUGGAGGGUAACCCACUGUCGAUUACAUUAAGUUGGCAACCACCUCCACGACCAAACGGUCAACUAACAGGCUAUUUAAUUUUCUACACCACCGAUUCCCACCAAGACGACCGAGAUUGGGUUGUGCACAAUGUCGAUGGAGACAAACUGUCCUCCACAAUCAAAGACCUCACCCCAGACACAACUUAUUUUUACAAAAUGCAAGCUCGCAACAAUAAGGGAUAUGGUCCAAUGUCCCCUACUGUUGUGUACAGAACAUCAAAAGCUGAUGGUACUGGUGGGGGUUUGGUACAAGUCCCAGACUUGCCUCCGGAUAUUCAGCAAUUUGACUUCAAGUAUAAACCAGGCCGCAGUUUUUUACCUCCCGACCCAAAUGAGCCAAGAGGUGUUAACAAAGAACCAAAUGAAGAUGAAAAUGAUGAUUCUGUUCCUACCAAUGUUAUGAUUAUUAUUAUUGCCUGUGUUAUCGGGGUGACGUUCUGCAUUGCCGUUGUGGCUGUUGCAAUCGUCAUCUGCAAGAAGAAGGAAUACAGAAACAAACGGAGUUCUGGGACUUACGCAUCUCCUGCUAAAGGCAAGACGCCAAAAGCACCUACUACAAAAGAUGUAAAGCCACCAGACCUCUGGAUCCAUCAUGAUCAAAUGGAAAUGAAGAACUUGGAUAAGUCAGAAAACAGAGAAUCAUCCGCACCUACUCCAGCUCCCUCCCAGAGAUGUGGGGAGAGCUCCAAAUGUGAAGAUUCAUCCCUGAUGGAUAUGGAGAAACGCAGAAAUUCAUUAGUGGGAGACCCGAGUUAUCUAUCACCAGCCCCUGAUGAAAGGUAUCCUCGUAGCAUCAUCCGUCCAAAACCUAUUAUGAUUUCUGUGGACCCAACACAACCAAUGUCUCGAGAUCCGCCAGUCUCCACGGUGACUGCCGUCCCCAAUGGGCAUUUUCCCGGCGCUGAAAGUCCUCAAUCACAAGUGGCUGUACGUCCUGUCUACCCCAGAACACAGUACAACACACAAUAUUCUACUCCACCCAGAGUUCAUGCAGGAGAUGUGUCUCAGACCACUUCCAGCCUGCAAGUAAGAGCUGUUCCUCAACAAAACACUCGAGGUUGUUGCACACCUGUUCAGUCACCUGAGUCUUUCUUACCUCCAUCCCUACGGAUGGGCGGAGAGCACGUGCCCUGUAUGGUCUCCCAUGAGUACGCUGUACUUCAGCCUGAGCCUCGUUUUACUGAUAUCAACACCACUUCUACUAACACUGCCACUAGUCCAGCUGCUUAUGCCAAUACCAUCACCACCACUGCUGCUGCCAACAACAAUAACAGUACUACCACUACUAUCACCACCACAACUACCACUACUACUUCUGCUGCUACCCUUCCUUUGCCCAACACAGCAGUCUCUGUCACUGACAGCAAUAACGGGUUUGUUGUUCCUGGAGCAGGCCUCACCCAGCGACAUCCGCUGGUAUCAAACCUCAACUCACUGAAAGCUGUCUCAGCUCCAGGAGUUUCCCUGUCAGCAAACCAAGGCACAGGUGCAGCAGCAGCAGUGCCUAAACAUUUAGUGAAGCCUCAACAAAGUUCUAGCCCUUAUAAAAGACCCAACCCUCCAGUAUCAAGUGGCCCUAUAAAACCCCGCUCACCAAUGCCAAUAGUAACACCUAAGGCCCCAGAUGUUACUCUAAAAUCAGGAAAAGAAGAGUCUGAAAUGCAGAAAUCUUUAAGUACCGAGGAAUUAACAGCAGAGAUGGCAAAUUUGGAGGGCCUGAUGAAAGAUUUAAAUGCCAUAACCCAACAGGAAUUCGAAUGCUGAACUCUUCAUUAGGCCUGACACAUCCUUCAUGCAGACAUUCUGAUGGGGACUAAACCCUCACGUUGCCCUAAGCUCUGCCAGGCACUGUUCAGGACAAACAACCCAACUGGCUAAUGCAGUCUUUCUUUCCUCAUCUGUACAUAAAGUCGGCUAGCUAUCCCGCUCCACCACCACUCUGUCAUUGUCACCUCUUAUUCUAUCACCCUUUCUUUUCCUCUCUCUCUCUCUCUUCCUUAUUCCCCCCUCUUUCUCAUUGCUGUCUAUUAGCCAGAUACUCAACAGAGCUGUGAGCUGGGCUGAGCAUGUCCUACAAAUUUAUCUCCACCAAAAAGUUUUCAAAAACGGUUGGAGAAAAAUUUCAGGUGCGGACUUGAAGAAGUCAUCUUUCUUUCUUUCCUCCCUUCUCUCUCUCCUCCCCACUCUUUCUAUCUUCCCCCACCUCCCUCUCUCUCUCUCUCCUGUUCUUUGUCAUCUUUUUAUUUAAGAAAAUGAAAAUAAAGAGAAAUAUCGAAGAUUUCAAAGAAAGGAAGAAGAAGAAAAAAGGAACAAAAACUUGUUGACUGUUUAAAUUUUAAACAAAUAUCACACAUACACACGUGCUGACAUGCCCUUCUAUACACAGAGUAUGUGCAUGUAUAUAUAUACGCGUGUGUGUGUGUAUAUAUAUAUACAUGUGUGUAUUUGUAUGUAUAUAUAUACAUAUACACGUGCAUAUAAAUAUAUAUAUAUAUACUCACAAACACAUACAUACAUACUUAUACACAUAUGCUUAACUGUGUGUGUGUAUAUAAAAUCUUUUGUGAAUUGGAAAUUUCAGUGUGCUGGAAAUUUUUUUGUGGAAGUGAAAGCCCCAAGACUAAACAUUUAAAAGAAGAAAAAAAAAUAAUAAAAUACAAGGUUUUUUUUUUUUCUUAGAUUGGGCAAAUAUGAUGCUGUAAUUAACACUAAUGAGCUCAACUUCUUUGUUUCACACCCAUACACACACAUACAUACAAAUACACAGUUGUGAAGUAAAGGGAGAACAAAAGUGACUCUUAUCAUGCAAUAUGCCUCUUUACAAUUAAUUUUAACUCUUCAUUUUUUUUUUUUUAAAUAACUUCCAUAAACAGUAUUUCUUUAA